CAAACGGCAGCCAGCCAUCAUAAAUCGCAAAGUUGAUAAUAUUUUCAUUAUUACCGUAAAUAACUAAAUCAAUAUUGACUUUUAACUAAACCAAACGAUACAUAAGUGGUUUACUAUCACUCCUGUGACAGUAAAACCCAAACUUAUGUAGUAUUGCAGCGUAAAUUAGUUACAUCCUGUGUUUCAUUUCCUUUAGGAUAAUCGGGUGUUAAAAAUUGCAAAAACCAUGUCUGUGAGUGAAAAAGUGUCGUUAUCCGACGCGUUAAGCAAUGUGGAUGUGUUGGAUGAGCUUACUUUGCCUGAUGAGCAGCCCUGCAUCGAGGCGGCUCCAUGCUCAAUCCUCUACCAAGCCAACUUUGAUACCAACUUCGAAGACCGCAAUGGCUUCGUCACAGGCAUCGCUAAGUAUAUUGAGGAGGCUACCGUACAUGCUAACUUGAACGAGCUCCUAGAAGAAGGUAACGCUCAUGCAGUGAUGCUGUACACGUGGCGAUGCUGUUCCCGCGCUAUACCGCAGCCGAGGUCUAACGAGCAGCCGGACAGAGUGCACAUAUACGAGAGGACCGUCCAGGUGCUGGCGCCCGAGGUCGACAAGCUGCUGCAGUUCAUGUACUUUCAGCGUAAAGCAAUAGAGCGCUUCUGCGGCGAAGUCAGACGACUUUGUCACGCGGAGAAGCGACGCGACUUCGUGUCAGAAGCGUAUCUUCUGACGUUAGGCAAGUUUGUGAACAUGUUCGCCGUGUUAGACGAGCUGAAGAAUAUGAAGAGUUCAGUCAAGAAUGAUUAUUCUACUUAUAGGAGAGCGGCCCAAUUCCUAAAGGUGAUGUCAGACAGCCAGAGCCUACAGGAGUCACAGAAUCUAUCCAUGUUCUUAGCGACACAGAAUAAAAUACGUGACACUGUGAAAGAUGCCUUGGAGAAGAUUAACGGUUAUGAAGAACUUUUAGCCGACGUGGUCAAUAUAUGCGUGCAUAUGUUCGAAACCAAAAUGUAUCUGACGCCAUCGGAGAAACAUAUGCUGGUCAAGGUAAUGGGUUUCGGCCUGUUUUUGAUGGAUUCUGAAGUUUGCAACAUUAACCGUCUUGAUCAGAAGAAAAAGAUUCGUUUGGACCGCAUCGAUAGAAUAUUCAAGAAUUUGGAAGUGGUACCUCUUUUCGGUGAUAUGCAAAUUGCACCAUUCAACUAUAUUAAGCGGUCAAAACACUAUGAUCCGAGCAAAUGGCCGCUAUCAUCGAACUCGAACCCGCCGUCUCCCCAAGCUGACCUGAUGGUCCACCUACCCCAGAUACGAGAAGAACAUCAGAACUACAUCUCCGAGCUCGCUAGAUAUAGUAAUGAGGUGACAACAACAUUCAAAGAAGCCGGUUCAGACACUGAAAACAAGGCCGUCACAGAACUGUGCCUCCGAGGCUUACAACUUCUAUCAUCAUGGUGUUCAGUAUUAACUGAGCUAUGUUCGUGGAAACUACUGCAUCCGACUGAUCAUGCGAGUAACCCGCGCUGUCCGGCUGAUGCUGAGGAGUAUGAGAGGGCAACCCGCUACAACUACACCUCAGAAGAGAAAUUCGCCAUGAUAGAAGUAAUAGCCAUGAUCAAGGGGCUGCAGGUGCUCAUGGCUCGCAUGGAGACGGUGUUCGCUGACGCAGCCAGGCGGUCUAUCUAUGCGGAACUGCAGGACUUCGUGCAGCUCAUGUUGAGGGAGCCGCUCCGGAAGGCCAUUAAGAAUAAGAAGGAUCUCAUACGCAGUAUUAUAGUAUCAGUUCGUGAAACUUGCGGUGAUUGGGCGCGUGGCUGUGAACCUCAACAGGACCCGGCGUUACGAGGGAAGAAGGAUGGCGAAGCUAGCUUCACUAUCAAAGUGCCUAGGCGGAAUGUUGGGCCAUCAUCCACCCAGCUAUACAUGGUCAGAACUCAGCUCGAAGCGCUCAUCUCGGACAAGUCUGGUGGACGGCGUACUUUGCGUAAAGAUUUAGACGCCGGAACACUAACGCAGAUAGAAACAUUCCAUCGUCUGAGCUUCUACUGGGGAUAUCUGCUGAAUUUGAGUGAUUCUCUACAAAAAUGCUGCGAUCUAUCUCAACUCUGGUACAGAGAGUUCUACUUGGAAAUGACUAUGGGACGCAAAGUUAAUAAAUGCAUGGUCCGCCAUCAGCACAACGAAGAGUGCAAUGACCUCAUAACCAUGGAGAAACGCAUACAAUUCCCCAUAGAGAUGUCUAUGCCGUGGAUUCUGACUGACCAUAUUCUGAGGACCAAGGAGCCCGCUAUGAUGGAAUACGUGCUCUACCCACUAGAUCUCUACAACGAUUCGGCACAAUACGCGCUGACAGUCUUCCGCAAGCAGUUUCUAUACGACGAAGUGGAAGCGGAAGUCAAUCUGUGCUUCGACCAGUUCGUGUACAAGCUCUCCGAGCAGGUGUACGCGCAUUACAAACAGCUGGCCAGCAGCAUGCUCCUAGACAAACGCUAUCGAGCAGAAUGCGCAGCUCGAGGCGCAUCCACCGGCUCGGCGGCCGGCAGGUACGCGUCGCUUCUCCGCCAAAGACACGUGGCGCUGCUGGGCAGGCACGUCGACUUGUGCGCUUUGGUGGCCCAGAGAAUCAAUGCGGAUAUGCACCGGGCUUUAGACGCGGCAGUCGCUAAGUUCGAAGCCGGAGACAUUACUGGCGUUGUGGAACUCGAAGGCCUAAUCUCCGUGAACCGCCUCUGCCACAAGCUCCUCAGCCGGUAUUUAACCCUGGACGAUUUCGACGCUAUCCUUCGCGAGUCCGACCACGGCGUCCUAGCUCCUUACGGCAGAAUAACCCUUCACGUCUUCUGGGAACUCAACUUUGACUUUUUGCCCAACUACUGUUAUAAUGCCGCUACUGAUCGUUUCGUAAAAUGUCGCGGCAUACAAUUCGCGGCGGGCGUAUCUCGCGAGAAGCCUCAGCAGUACGGACACGCGCUGUUGUGGGGCUCCAAGCAGCUCAGUCUCGCCUACUCAGCUCAGUACGCUCAGUACGUCGGCUUCGUCGGCGCCCAGCACCUGCACGCUCUAGUCCGUCUCCUCGGCUACCAAGGCGUAGCAGUGGUAGUCUCCGAACUCCUGGAUGUGGCCAGAGGACUGGUCCACGGCUGCAUCGCGCAGUUCACUCGAGCACUACAGGCUGCCAUGCCGCGACACUGCAAGCUACCGAGAUAUGACUACGGCUCCAACGGUGUCCUAGGCUACUACCACGCGCAACUGACGGAUAUAGUACAAUACCCGGAUGCCAGGACCGAGUUGUUCCACGCGUUCCGAGAGCUGGGCAAUAUCAUACUCUUCUGUAUGCUUAUUGAGCAGGCGCUCAGUCAAGAAGAAGUGACAGAUUUGCUUCAUGCUGCACCCUUCCAAAACAUACUGCCUAGGCCGUUCGCUGCAGAGGGAGAGAAACCAGAGACGAAACAGAAGCGUCUAGAAGCCAAGUACGCCGCCCUGCAAAUUGUGCAGAACGUCGACAAAUAUGGUACUGCUAAGCAAGGCCAACUAUCCCGUGAAGGCGACCUCUUAACUCGGGAACGACUCUGCUGCGGACUCUCACUAUUCUCCGUAGUGCUACGCCGUCUGCGCUCGUGCCUGACCGCGCCCCAGUGGCCCGCCCCACCCGCGCCCCACCACCACGCGCCCCACCACACUGACACCACCACCGAGUUCCACAGAUUGUGGUCUGCCCUACAAUUCCUGUAUUGUAUCCCCGUUGGCGAUACACAGUUUACUGUUGAGGAACUAUUCGGAGAAGGUCUCCACUGGGCCGGCUGCACUAUCAUAGCGCUACUAGGACAACAGCGACGCUUCGAGGCUCUGGACUUCUGUUAUCAUAUACUGAAGGUGCAACGUGUCGAUGGCAAGGAUGAACUUGUUAAGGGGAUUCCUCUCAAACGCAUGGUAGACCGCAUCCGUCGUUUCCAAGUACUCAACUCUCAGAUAUUCGGCGUGUUAGCGCGUCACCUGGCGGCCGAUGACGAGAGGGCUGGCGUUGAACAUGUUCGCUGCUUCCCGCCGCCCGCUGCACCGCACACUGCUUAAGAUAUGGAGCCCUGAAUCAUGAAAGGGAAGAUAAACGUUUAAAUAAUAGUUUUAAAUACCAUUUAGUUUAAGAAAAAAUAAAAUUAUGAUUCCAUUUCCAAUAUAAGCACAGUAAUUAAAUAUACUGGCCAAAAUACGUAUAUGAGAUACGACAAAUGUAUUUGUUCAAACGCUUCCGUCUCUGUUUCUAACCGACUUUUAAAAAAGAGGCUCUGUAUUUGACUUAAAAAAACUGUCUUUUUCAAUGUGGUUUUUAGUAUUUUUUAGAAGUAAUAAUGAAUUUUAAUCAUGAUUAGAUACAAAAAUGCUUAUAUCUUUAUUUCUAAGUAAUAAAAUACAUAUUGUAAGGAUAAUUUUAUUCUUAGUUUAACCUAUAAUAACCAAUACUAGCUAUUCCCCGCACUUCCGCUCGCGUCCAGUGGGAACAACUUCCCGCAACCGCAUAAACAUUUAAUAUAUCCUUUCUCAGAAUUUAGACUAUGUAUCAAAUAUUUUAAUCGAUUCUGUAUAGGGUUGCCAGAUACUGGUAUUUCAGUUCCGGGACAAUUCGAGGAUUACGAAAAAAAAUUAUGAAAAAUUAUAUUACUUCAUUUUUCUUUGCCUUUAUUCAGAGUUCGCAUGUUUUCGCAGUCCUUCCAAAAUACGUGCGAAAGGGCUCACUUCUUUAGAACGAACAAUUGUAAUGAUUUUUUAAAUUUAAGAGAUUUUGAGGUUCGAUGGGAAACUAAAGGGAAGGAAGCGGCUAGUAACGUAAUGAAAAAAGCUAGAGUAAGUAUGAUUGUAUUCGAACUCCAGGACUAUAAGGUGUAAGGACACGUUAUUUCGGGACAAUCCCGGAUUUCCCGGCCAUCUGGCAACCCUAGUUCUGUAGUUUUGGCGUGACAGACAGACAAAUAUGUUUACUUUUGCAUUUGUAAUAAUGAUUGAUAUUAUGAAAUAAAUAUAGUUACAUUAUUUCACAAAAUAUUGUAUUUUUUUGUAUUAGGUUAAAUUUGUAACCACCUUAAGACAUUAUUUGUAUUUAAAUAAGAUUUUUAAGUAAAAUGUAUUAAGUAUAUGACUUGCAUUAAAUGUAUUUGCUUAUAUACGGGAAAAACUUGGAAAUUCCACAUUAUUAUGCAUUUAAAUUACCCACUAACAAUAUUCCAAAUUAUGAAUGUAUUUAAUAAAAGUAUUUAAUUCAUAAUUUAAGUCUUAACUAGGUAGUCUUUGGCCGAAAGACGAAUUAGUCUUUUCAAAAAUUACCGGCGGAUCAUAUUCUCUCGCUAAUGUUUAGAGUGUAUUAAAAUUACGUUAGUAUAAGAUUUUUAUGACUUAUUUAAAUAAAGUAUAGAUUCUAUAACGUA